UAGCGCAUAUACAACCAGGCAGACACAAUUUGCGUUUCAGUUACAGUCUCUGUCAUGUUGGAGUUGCAGCGCGAAUAACUGGUGUUAAAUACUCCGGUUAAAUUGCGUUUUUUUAAUCUGUUUUGAUGUUUUUUAGUGGGAGCUUUUGAGGGUUUUAAAGCCCUAAAUAACGGCUGUCAGGAGACUGUGUUGUUGCUGUAGCAACUGAGCUGUAGCGACCUUCAGUUUUAAGGCAACACCAGGAUAAACAAAGACUGUUUUUUGGGUGGUUUUGUUUUGUUUUCUUUGCCAGUGACACCUGAACCGAGGAUGGGACUCUUUCUGCGCUGUCUCCUGCUGUUGUCUGUCCCCACUUUGUCCUCCUGUCUUGAUGUCCAGCGCGGAUUCAAACCGUCCGGACUCAUGAGGCAUUCAAACACCGAACAGAAAGCUGCGAACAUCGUGAAGAGGGCUCUGCCUGAACUGCUUUUAAAUCCAGCCGAGCAGAGCGACAACUGCAAGACUCCGCAAGGAUACGACACCAAGUUAGCAAGCAACACCCACCGUUAUACCUUCAAUGACCUGAGUGGGUCCGUGACGCUGGCCUGGGUUGGAGAUGCUUCAGGGGUCAUCCUGGCUUUGACGACUUUUCAGGUGCCCUUCUUCCUGGUAAAACUCGGGCAGUCCAAACUCUACCGAAGUGAGAACUACGGGAAGUCCUUUGAGGAUGUGACCAGUCUCAUCAACAACACUUUCAUCAGAUCAGAGUAUGGCAUUGCUAUCGGGAACUCUGGGAAAGUGAUCCUGACAGCAGAAGUGUCCGGAAGUUAUGGGUCUCGGAUCUUUGUCUCCAGCGACUUUGGAAGGAGUUUCACCCCCCGGGAACUGAGCUUCAUCCCCAUGAUUCAGAUCGUAUACAACCCUGAGAACUCCAGCGUGCUGCUGGUCCUCAGCAACAGCAAUGAACUGUGGCUGUCUGAAGAUUUUGGCACCACCUGGAAAGGGAUCCACAACAGAGUGUGUCUUGUGAAAUGGGGAAGGAAAAAUUCCAUCUUCUUUUCGGGCAGCCACAACGGAUCCUGCAGUGAUCGGGGAAUGCUGGACCUGAGGAGGACGACAGACUACGGUAAAACCUUCAAGACUGUCGCCAGUAAGAUCUACUCCUUCGGCCUGGGUGGACGCUUCCUCUUUGCCUCUGUAAUGACAGGAAAGGGCACUCUGAGGAUGAUCCACGUGUCCGUGGACCACGGUGACACGUGGAACAUGGCCCAGCUGCCCCCCGUUGGUCACGAGCAGUUCUACUCCAUCCUGGCAGCCAAUGAUGACAUGGUCUUCAUGCAUGUCGACGAGCCGGGAGAUACAGGAUUUGGCACCAUUUAUGUAUCAGAUGACCGGGGCACUGUGUAUUCCAAGUCAUUGGAGCGCCACCUUUACACCACCACGGGGGGCGAUACAGACUUCACUAACGUCACCUCCCUGCGAGGAGUUUUCAUCACCAGUAUGCUGGCUAAAGAUAACUCUGUGCAGUCUGUGGUGUCCUUCGAUCAGGGAGGGGAAUGGGUUCCUCUGCGGAAACCGGCCAACACCAAGUGUGAUGCUACAGCCAAAGACCCAGACAAGUGCAGCCUCCACAUCCACGCAUCCUACAGUAUUGCUAUGAGGCUCAUCGUCCCCAUGCUGCCUCUGUCUGAACCAAACGCCGUGGGUCUCAUCUUAGCUCAUGGGAGCGUUGGUGACUCCAUCUCCGUGUUGAAGCCUGAUGUGUAUGUGUCUGAUGAUGGGGGUUACACCUGGAUGAAGGCCCUCAAAGGGCCCCAUCACUACGCUAUUCUGGACUCUGGAGGGCUGCUGGUGGCCGUGGAGCAAACCCCCAAUAAACCUAUCAACCAGAUCAAAUUUUCUACUGAUGAAGGACAGUGCUGGGGUGUUUACAACUUCACCAAAGACCCCAUCUUCUUCACUGGGCUGGCGUCGGAGCCGGGAGCUCGCUCCAUGAACGUCAGUAUCUGGGGCUACAGUGACGCCAUGCUCAGCAUGUACUGGGUCUCCACCACCAUCGACUUCAGGGAGCUCCUCACCAGAGACUGUGGCGACAAGGACUACGUGCAGUGGUUGGCCCACUCUGAUGACAUCAGUGACCCCAACGACGGUUGCAUGCUGGGCUACAAAGAGAAGUUCCUGCGUCUCAGGAAGAGCUCCGUUUGCUGGAACGGACGAGAUUACAAGCUCAACACCGUGCCAACCCCGUGUUCGUGCACCCUGGACGACUUCCUGUGUGACUUUGGAUACUACCGUCAGGAGAACAGCUCGGAGUGCGUGGAGCAGCCGGACCUGAAAGGCAAAGUGCUCGAGUUCUGCCUGUAUGGUAAAGAGGAAAAACUGGUGACCAGCGGCUACAGGAAAAUCCCUGGAGAUAAAUGUGAGGGAGGAAUGAAGCCCGAGCGUCAAGAGAUCGACCUCAGUAUGAGGUGUGUGAGUGACCUGUUGGCCCCAAAAUUACCUCAGAUAAACAUUAUAGAUAGUCCUAGUCCUACCUCCAAGUCUGUACCCAUUGUGAUAACAGUCAUCGUCAUCGUACUGCUCGGCAUUGCAGCCGGAGUCAUCUUUGUCAAGAAAUACGUCUGUGGUGGCAGGUUCUUGGUUCACAGGUACUCGGUGCUGCAGCAGCAUGCCGAGGACUCUGCUGUUGUGGGGAUGGACGACCCCCUGGAGACCAACCACACUCCAAACGGCAAGAUAGAGUUCCACGACGACUCAGAUGAGGACCUGCUGGAAUAGCAGGAUCAGCAGGUUUCCAGUUCACCCCGCGGCCGGCCGCUGCUCCUUCACUCUAUCUGUCUCCAGCUACUUCUUCCUUUCACCUUCUAGUAUGAACGUUGGCCUCAGCUACCAGACGAAGAGUCUGCGUCACUAUGCUGUCAUCUACGAAGUAUAAUGAAUGUACGGAGGCCUCCUGGGACUAACGCCACAAGUUGAGGAGGAAGGAGGUGUUGUAGUGUUGUGCUUCAGUUAUUGAUUCUGUUGAGUUUGAGUCUCCAACUUAUUUAUUUCAGGGAAUGAAGAACUGGUGAGGUACUUUUGAACUGCUGACAGAGUAAAGGGUUUCAAAGCAAAGCUAGUUGUAUAAAUCCACCACCAUUGCAUUACGGGUCCUGCCUCUCCCGUCUCCCAUGGGAGUGCUCCCUGGAAAUACUUCUCACUUCUGUCGAAGAUCUGUGUCCUUGUUCUCAUGCACUUGUACAUAAACCUGUUUUUCCUUUGCCAUUUUUCACGUGGUAUCAAUCUGGUAGGUGUUUUAAAAAAGGUUAAUAACUCUCCCAAACCACUUGAGUCUUAAUCCCUGCUUUUAACAAAGUAUUUGUCGGUCAUAAAGUGUGCCCCGGACGGCCAAGAAGAGUAUGUAAAUGUGAGGUUUCUCUCUCUGGGCACUGAUUUGUGAAAUCCCCUGUUGUGGUCUGUAUUUGGAAUACAAGCCAGCCUACUUUUACUCCAUGGCAUUUACAACCACGGUUGAAGUAAUAAGACUAGGUUUGAUAGCAAUAACAAUAUCUAGAUUCAGUAAAUUGUCCGUGCACGUUAAAUAAUCCUAUUUGAUGAAUGGAGAUGUCAUUACGCGUCAGUGUACAGGGUGGUAAAGUGUGUCUGUUUCAAGACAGGAUUUGAUGUAUGUGUGCAGUUCAAACUGCCUAAAGCACAAGGUCCUUUGUACGCUAACAGUUUGUAGUUUUUUCCUAAAUGUGACCUAAUGAUUAACGUGAUAAGGCUGUAAUAAUCACAUACAUAAGUCAUGUUUCUAAUCAUUCGAGCAGUUUUUGUACUAACGAACUUUUGAACUCGUGUAACAAAUGGCGGUUCAGAAAUGACAUAAAUAAUUAUAGUUUGAUAGUAAAUAUCUGCAGAUAUUUUUUACAUCACAUAACCGAGUACAUUGAUGUGAUUUGGUGACAGAAGCAUAGGGAGCAAUAAGAAAAAAAAUCAUGUAAAUGUUGUACAGCAUGAUUAUUAACACUGUAGCCUAUUAGAGUUAACAGACGUGGUUGUUGGACUACUUUUGUUUUUAUUGGUAUUUGCAUCUGAGGUGGAGCAAAUUUACUAAAUUAACAGGGUUAUUGAAAGCUUCUCAUUUCACGGUAAACUGCUGUUUGUUCUUUUUUAAUCAUCCUGGUACUGCUGUCAUUUUCUAAGCUAAACUGGAGUCAAGUCUUGCAGGGUUUUCUUUUUUCUUCUUUUAAACAUUUGUUGCACAAUAAUUUGUCUGUCUUGUGUUGAAUAUGUUGCUUUCAUGCAGGUUUUAUUUAUUUGUGACUUGCAGGUUCAGUGUGCAGUAAAUUGGAUGUGGUUAUACAAAGUGCCUGGUGUGAGGAUACGAUGCGAGGCCCUCCCAGCAUCUAUUUAAUGAUUAUUAUUUAUAUCUACUAGUGUGUAACCAGUUCCAUCCAGUCUGUCAGUGACACCCCGAAGUUGCACUUGUUGCCUAAGAUGAAUCCACGAGCAGUUAUGGAUGUGUGUGUGUUUCAUACAAGCUCCCAUUGAACUGCAUGUUAACUCUCAAUAUUUAAAUCCACAGAGCUUUGUAAAGAAAGUAGCCUACAAUAACCUGGUUAUUCUCUCUUCCAUGAUACAUCAUUCUGAGUGAAACUUUGAUACAGGGUUAUUAUGUAGCUGCUAUGCACUGGGGGACACCUGGUGAGUAAUUUUAUGAUGGUUUAUUGCAUUAAGUGAAGGUAACACAUUUUUCUUACGUUUUAAAACUGCUGUAUAAAUUAAUGAGUCAUUGUGAUGGUUCUGUAAAUAUACAAGGUCACAUCUUUGUAUCUGCUAUGUUUCUCUCUUCUGUAUAUUUGAGGCAAUUUUCUUUGGGUUUGCCAAUAAAUUCAUAUGUUCCUCUA